AUGAAAAUGUUUGUAGAUCGGAUAUUGGAAUUCUAUAUCCGGAAUAUACAUGGUCCUCCAUCACCGUUGGUAGAGAAUUACCUGCGGGAAGCGAGUUUUUGGCACGUGGCGACGGUAGGCCGGGGAUACAAGUUGGACCCGAAACUUAUCAGUACGUUGAUCGAGAGGUGGAGACCCGAGACGCACACAUUCCAUCUUCCAUGUGGAGAGCGCACUAUCACUUUGAAAGAUGUAAAUCUGCAAUUGGGAUUGCCGGUGGACGGGUACCCAAUCACUAGGUCUGUUCAAUCUGGCGAUUGGGGAGCGGUGGGCUACGUGCUUUUGGGCGCUAUUUCGGAGAAAAUUAACGGAGGUCGAAUCGAGAUGGGCUGGCUACGAGACACAUUCCCGGAGUCGGAUGAUGAUUCAACUGAAGUAGAAAGAAUUCGAUAUGAUUGGGCAUACAUUCUUCAUAUAAUUAGAGGUUAUCUGAUGCCGGACUUGUCACGGAACCUCGUACAUCUAAGAUGGCUGCUGAAACUCGUUGAUUUUAGAGCAGCUGGUGAAUUGUGUUGGGGGUCUGCCGUCUUGGCAACAUUAUAUCGGGAGAUGUGCGGGGCGACGCGACCAAGUAAAGCGAAAAUCAGAGGUUGCUUGUCGCUACUGCAGCCAUGGGCACGAUUUUGCUUUCCAUUUGUACGUCCUCGAGUGGACCACCCAUAUACAUUCCCACUCAUAACGAGGUGGAACCAUCCGACAAGUUAUGCUCGAUUACCUACCUCUCUUGAAGAUAUACAGCUUCUAUUAGACCAACAGUCGGAAGCACAUUUUCAAUGGACACCAUACGAGGAUCCGGCAAUUCGGGCAGUAAUUCCGGAUGAGUUCUUCCAAAAUCGAAACGCUUGGCACGCAAAAGUCGCGUUGAUCAGCUAUGCGACCGUGGAGAUGCACCAGUCAGACAGAAUGUUACCGCAAUUUGAAUGUAGACAACCGAUUCCCGUGGCACCUGAGGUGCUUGAUGAUCACCAUAAAAUUGACCUACGGCAAUUGCAUACGGAUUGGCCGAGAUUCUGGUCCUACUACAUCCAAAUGUGGGAAGAUCGGUAUGAUUAUAUGCAUAUUCUGGAACCGAAUAUCGUUCCGGAGUUAGCGUGCGUGCCGGAAUACAUGCCAUGGUUUAGGAUCCAUGGCAAGUCGUAUUUACUGUUGGUAGAGGAGAGGCAGCGGCAAUUACGUGUCCAAAGAGAACGACGUGGGCCUUUAAAUCCAAGACGAAGGGACGACGACACAAGCAUAUCAACGAGGCCCAAACAUUCACCCGGCCCAUCAUCAGCGGUCGUUCAAUCACCAGGCCCAGCGAGAGCACCGACAUAGUCACCCGACCCAGUAGUUCAAGGAACGAUACCCACGGCACAGCCUUUUCCGAUGAUGCCAGAUGCGUAUCCUAGCCCUUUUAUGUAUCCUAACCCUUAUAUGUUUCCUUUCUCGAGUCCUAUGGCAGGUUGGAGCAUAUGGCCCGGUUCAUCUCCAUUUUCUAUUAUGCCGAGUAGACCACUGAUGUAUAGGCCAGCGUCGCAUGAGGGAUUGCAAGAGGGGCCGUCGGGGAGCUCUUCUUUUUACCAAUCCCCAUCACCGUAUGGGUUUCAAACACCGUCGUCGUUGGUGAUGCAAACACCUCCACAUUCACUAAUCUAUCAAGGUGGCUCAUCGUCCCAACACCGACAACCAGAUGCCUUACCGGAGGAACCAAAAUCCCUACCGGAGCAAUCAUAACCCCUGCCGGAAGCUGGACAAAGGAGGAAUCCAGCGCGUAACCGUCGACGGCAUCCAUGAGGCACAGAAUCCGGCGAGCACGGAGAUUGAUUUGUAUUUAAAUAUAUUUGUACAAACAUUUUGAAUAUUUUGAUAUUAUUUGAUGUAAUAAAAUAGAAAUUUA